AUGGAGCAUUCGGCCCCUCCUGCCCCUGGUCUGUCCCCUGCAUUCGGCCCCUCCUGGCCCUGGUCUGUCUCCUGCAUUCGGCCUCUCCUGCCCCUCCUGCCACUGGUCUGUCUCCUGCAUUCGGCCUCUCCUGCCCCUCCUGCCCCUGGUCUGUCUCCUGCAUUCGGCCUCUCCUGCCCCUGGUCUGUCUCCUGCAUUCGGCCUCUCCUGCCCCUCCUGCCCCUGGUCUGUCUCCUGCAUUCGGCCUCUCCUGCCCCUGGUCUGUCUCCUGCAUUCGGCCCCUCCUGCCCCUGGUCCGUCUCCUGCAUUCGGCCCCUCCUUCCCCUGGUCCGUCUCCUGCAUUCGGCCCCUCCUGCCCCUGGUCCGUCUCCUGCAUUCGGCCCCUCCUGCUGGCCCCUGGUCUCCCGCAUGUUUCGGACAGCUGCGGAGAAGCCGAUCCUGCAGGAAGAGAAGCAUCCUGCAGAAGAGAUGAGAGGACUGAGAGCUGAGUGGACGGAGAGGAACAGCUGGAGUCUGACCCGUGUCUGGAGGUCCGCUGUGCUGACGGACGGCUGCUCUAACAGGCCGCGAUUGGCUCUAAUCUCACCUGAGCUGCUGCACACUGGGUCUCUGCAGCUUCUGUCCCAGACUAUUCACUAA